AUGACAAAUAGUGCAGAAGAAUUAGAAUGUCAUGAAGAUUAAUAAAUAGCUUACUAUUUUAUUUGUAAGAAUAUACCUAAAGAAAGUUUUUCAUUGAGCAUAAGCAAUAGCGAUUUAUCCAAGAGUUUAAUGUGGCUUUGUGCAAAAGCUAAGGAUUUUUAUUAAAAUUAACAAAGCAUAUAUAAGAUUGAUUCUAAUAUAGAAAAUGUAUUUGAUAAUUUAGGAUUCUUUAACUACAAGACUGAGUUAAAUGAAUUAGAAAUAAGUAAAACAUUCUACUUCACAGCAAUACCACGCCAUGAAGGACUGGAUAUUUAAUACUAGUUUUCGAAGGAUUAAAAAAUGCACACAUCUAAUUUAGUAGUGGGAAAAUAGUAAAGAUUAAGUGAUUUGAGAAUGAUGAUUGCAAAAAGUUUAUAGCUUAAUGAAUAAAAAAUAUAGCUGUAAUAUUAAGGAAGAUUACUUUAAGAUGAGUCUGCUUUGUUAACAGAUCUAGGAAUGAAAUGUGAAGGUAAUAAAAAUAUAGUUAGAGUAUUACAACUAAUAUAGAUUUACUUAUACCCUGGACAUACAUACAAUUGUUAUUAAAAAAAUUUCUCAGAAAGAAAAACUUUUUAUCUCAAUCCAUUUUAGAAUCUUAAGUAGCAAAUUACAGAAAAAUUAAAUACGCCUAUAAACUAAUUUAUAUUGCUAAAUUAGAAUAACUAAAUAGUAGAAUAAAUGGAAUAAAUUAAAGAUUAAGAUAUUUUAGUUAUAAGAGAUAUUACUUCUGGAUAAUAUGAGGUUUAGUUAGUUUUAAUUGAAGAAGAUGAAAUAAAUGAGCCUCUACUAACUCAAGAUGCUUAAGAUUAUGAAAUGGUAACUUCAAUUAAAGUCUAUGAAAAUGAUUCUAUUGAUUUAAUUCGAAGAAUAGCUUAAAUUAUAUUAGAUAAUCCUUAUAUUUCUUGCUUUGCUUACAUGGAUCUGACUUAAAUAAAAAGUAAAAUGCUGUUUAAAGAUCUAAUAUUUACUGAAGAUACUAAGAAGUUAUAUGCUGUUUGUUAAUAUUAAGGGGAAAUAGUUAUUGUUACAAGACUUAAAUAAAGUAUUCCACUCAAAAUAGAUUUUAAAGAGACAGUUUUUGGAUUAAAAACAAUCUUAGAAAACAAAAUUGGAAUUGAUUGUCUUGACCAACUUAUGUAUUUUAAUGGAUCGCUACUUGAAGACUCGAAAAAUCUUACAGAUUACAAGAUAUGUGUUGGAAGUCGCAUAUCUGUUGAAGAAAAUAUUUUUAAAGAAAGUCUAAGAUAGAAACAUAUUGCUGAAAAUUCUAACCUGGAUACAUAAAAGUCGAAUAGCAUAAAUAUGCUUUACAGGAUUAAUUAAAAAAUAGACAGUAAAAAUAUGAUGUAAAGUGAUGAAGAAGAAAAUAAUGUGUAUUGUGAAGGAAUAAAUCUUGUUUGUUCUUGCGUUAACUAGUAUUGUAAAUAAAAAUACACAGAUAGUGAAAUAGUUUAUAAAAAAGGACUAGGAAAUCAUUUAAUAAAAUUUGCUAAUGACCAAACUUUGAAAACAUUAAACUGUAAAAGAUGUUUAGGCCCUGUUAAACUCUAAUCAAUAAUUUUGAAAGGAUGCUCAAUUAUUUUUUUAGAGUAAACAAAAGAAAAUUAAAUAGUCUAUCAUUUUAAAUGGUAAUUUUUUAGUCCCCUCAAUAUAGAACCUUUUAAAUAAUACUAGCAAGAUUGUCAUGCUUUAUAUUUCUUUGUAAACGAGUAUAAUCACACUAGCUUAGAAAAAGAUUAGUUUCUUCUAAACUGCCUAGUAUGUAGAAAUAAUUAAAUUUCAAUAGAAGAUACUGAUCAAUUUAUUCACGAGUAGUGUAAAUCUGAGUUUCCCUUAAACUGCAAAGAAGUUUUUUCCUAAUUUUGA